AUGAUAGAAUUUCACUCCGGUCACAUUGACCUCGCAGAAUAUCUCGUCGCCCUUCUCCAAAUACUUAUCCUGAUUGUUAUGGACCUCCACGGGCACCUCAUCCAAUUGAAUCAGAUCUUUGCCCACUUGGAAUUGAGAUCCAAUCGGUGGAUCGUCGAAACUGAACAUUCCCGGGCGGCCGAGAGCCGUGGUGAGACGAUCGAUGAGGUCUCGAGAUUCUUCGAUCGAUUGGGAGCCGGUGGACACUUUGAAUGGGGGAGAGAUGAAUGGACGGUUACGCAUGUUGGCCGUGAUCAUGUGCGUCUGGAAAUAAAAGAGAUUUGA